AUGUAUAGUAAAGGUUCACAAAUUGUACUUACUCCUGAGGAAAAACGUGUAUAUGGUCAACUUUUCCAACUUGCUGAUGUUAAUAAAAAAGGUGUGAUCGAAGGGCAACAUGCAGUCAAUUUUUUUUCAAAUUCUGGCUUGUCAGCUUCAGCUUUGAGAGAAAUAUGGCAUAUUGCAGAUAGUGAAAACUUGGGUUAUUUAUCACAGCAAAGUUUCAGUGUUGCUGUCAAACUAAUCGCUCAAGCACAAAACGGGCAAUCCCCCGAUCCUGCUAAUAUUAAUGCUGCUACAUCUCUUCCACGUUUUGAUGGUGUUUAUAUAAUUUCAAGCGAAGACCGAGAAAAAUAUAUACGAAUGUUUAUCGGGUUAAAUCCUGUUAAUGGCGAUUUGGAUG